AGUGUGUUCGAUCUACCUUCUAAAUCAUCAAUAUUUGCUUAAUCCCUUCCAAGGAUGGCUAGUUUCGACCGUGCAUCUCUUGUUUUCGCCAUGCUUAUUGCUGUAUCAUCCAUGAGCAGCAACUGUUUCCAAGCUGAAGCGCGUCGCCUUCUUGAUACAGGGUUGCCUGAGAUUCCUACCUUGCCAAAGCCUGAGAUACCAACACUGCCUAAACCUGAGCUGCCAACCGUGCCAAAGCUUGAGAUUCCCACGCUGCCCAAACCCGAGCUGCCAACCGUUCCAAAGCCUGAGGUUCCAGAAUUGCCAAAACCUGAGCUGCCAACCGUUCCAAAGCAUGAGAUUCCAGAAUUGCCAAAACCUGAGCUGCCAAAUGUGCCGAAGCCAGAGAUUCCAACAUUGCCUAAACCCGAGCUACCAACUUUGCCCAAGCCAGAGGUGCCUAAAAAGCCUGAGACCACCACUCCAUGAAGUCUGUUCUAGCCCAGCUGGAUACACUAGUUAUUAGUAUUAUUAUUAGUGUUAUUAUUAUUCAUUAGCACUUUUCUUCUGAAUUGAUAUUUCCAUUGCGUUUGAUAUGUGUUGUAUACCGUGAUGUCACGGUUCAUUCAUCUGUAGCUGUUGUUGUAUCGGAGUCUCACUUCUUGUUUCCAGUGGGAUUACAUAUUUGUACUUUCUUA